UUUGCAGAUAAAUUUGAAUGAACUUGAAUUAUUUAAAAACCCAAAAAAGUGGAUGUCCCUUUUGUAAUUAAGUCCCAUGGCCGGCCUCUUUGCAAUUAACCCUAGUUUAAUUUGAGCAGAUAAAUUAAAUUUUAACAACUAAUUGUCCGUAUAAAUAGUUUGAUAGGACAGAGGUAAACGACGUCGUCAGCAGUCGCUAGUUCUAUUCAGGAACCGUGGUUUCUGGCGCGAUUCUACAAUUCUCAUUCCUUAGUUUAUCACCAAUGGAUGGGAGUAAUGUAAAUUCGGAUCACAUGAUAGCGGAAUUGGUUGAAAUGGGGUUUGGUAUCUCAGACAUUACAGAAGCCAUACAAGCAGUGGGUCUGUCGCUGGAUAAUGUAAUUGAGUUUAUCUUGAACAACUCUUGUAGAAAUAAUGGUGGUGCAUCAGCCUCUUCCGUUUCUCUCACAGAAAACAAAGUUGUUGACAAAUCACUUCGAUCUUCUGGCAAAAUGCGCCAAAAGAACAUAACAGAGCACCUGAAAUCGGCACCACGACCCAAACAAAGCAAGGCCACAGAUUUAUUUGAUGCAUCGACCUCUAAAACGGAUUUCUUGAUAGGUAAUGUAAAACGACCAGAAGUUUCUUCAAUCGUGAAUACUAGUUCAAAAGGAAGUGAUUGGGUAAAAGAGGUGAAUAAUCUAAUCCGCAAACGUUUUGGAUGCUCAUCCUUGAAGGGAUUUCAGAAGGAAGUUCUAGCAGCUUGGCUAUCUAACCAAGAUUGUCUAGUUCUUGCAGCAACGGGAUCUGGAAAAUCGUUAUGUUUUCAGGUUCCAGCACUAAUAUCUGGGAAGGUGGUGGUUGUUAUCUCACCACUAAUUAGCUUGAUGCAUGAUCAGUGCUUGAAACUAGGGAGGCAUGGGGUUUCAGCUUGCUUCCUCGGAUCUGGUCAAAUUGACAAAAGUGUUGAAAUGAAAGCAAUGAGUGGUGAAUAUAACAUUAUUUAUGCCUGCCCAGAGACAAUUUUAAGGCUAAUAACACCACUUCAGAGCCUUGCAGAAAGUCACGGGAUUGCAUUAUUUGCGAUUGAUGAAGUUCAUUGUGUUUCUAAGUGGGGUCAUGAUUUUCGACCUGACUACAGGCGAUUGUCUGUAUUAAGAGAGAACUUCACGGCUCAGAAAUUGAAAUUUUUGAAGUUUGACAUUCCAUUGAUGGCUUUGACUGCUACUGCUACUACUCGCGUUCGAGAAGACAUACUGAAGUCAUUAUGCAUGUCAAAGAACACCAAAAUUGUUAUCACUUCAUUUUUCCGACCAAAUCUUCGUUUCUCUGUGAGGCAUAGUAGAACUUCAUCUAUAUCUUCCUAUGAGAAGGAUUUCAGUGAGUUGAUAAGGUUGUAUACAAAAAACCGGAAAUCUUUCCAAAAACUAAUGUCAACGGAUCUUGAUAAUUCCUCUAAAAACCCAAGCGGUUCCUCCGAUUGUACCACAUCUAGACUAGAUGAAAUCUGCAAAAAUCAAGAACACGAUAUCGAUGAUUAUGACUUGUCAGAUGAUGAUGACGAUUACUUCUUGGCCUCUCCAAAUGAUAAACAGUUGUCAGUUCAGUACCUGGAAGAUGAUUGCGAUCAAAUACAAGAAGUAGAUGACCUGGAUGUUUGUUGUGGUGAAUUUUGUGGGAAACCACUCCUAAACUUCAAUAAUUGCAAGACUGAUGAGACUCGAGAUCUGCUGAGGGAUGCAGAAGGACAUCUGGAAAAUGGACCAACAAUCAUAUAUGCUCCUACUAGAAAAGAAACUUUGAGCAUAACAAAGUUCCUAUCAAACUUCGGAGUAAAGGCUGCUGCUUAUAAUGCCAAGUUGCCAAAGUCACAUCUGAGGCAGGUUCACAAAGAAUUUCAUGAAGAUGAGUUACAGGUGGUUGUAGCAACUAUUGCAUUUGGUAUGGGUAUUGACAAGUCGAACGUCCGGAGGAUCAUUCAUUAUGGUUGGCCACAGAGCUUGGAAGCAUAUUACCAAGAAGCUGGUCGGGCAGGUCGGGAUGGAAAAUUAGCAGACUGUGUCCUAUAUGCAAAUCUAUCAAGAAUGCCUACACUUUUGCCAAGUCAAAGAAGUGAAGAACAGACAAAGCAAGCUUAUAAUAUGUUAUCCGAUUGCUUCAGGUAUGGAAUGAGAACUUCUUGUUGCAGAGCAAAAAUGCUUGUAGAAUACUUCGGCGAGGAGUUUUAUCAGGACAAAUGUCUCUUAUGUGAUGUCUGCAUCAAUGGGCCUCCAGAAAUUCAGGAUCUGAAAGUUGAAGCGACAGAACUAUUGAAGUGUAUUUCCACGCAUCAUAAUUUUGGAGAUGGGUUAUGUGAUUAUGAUGAUGAUCCCAUCGAGAGCUCCAGAAGCAGGAGGAGAUUGAUGGAAAAAUCAAACAUUAGGGCAUUUGUGAGUAGGAUAAGGGAACAGAGUGACACAUUUGCUGCGAGUGACUUGUUAUGGUGGCGUGGUCUUGCCCGUAUAUUACAAGAUAGAGGGUUUAUUCGAGAUGGAGAUGACAAGAGCCAUGUUCAAAUAAAAUAUCCGGAAAUAACAGAUUCCGGGCUGCAAUAUUUGAAGUCUGAGUUGGAAAAGCCAUUCCAUGUUUACCCGGAAGCAGAUAUGCAGCUGUCAAUGAGAAGCCCCAAAUCGUGUUCGAGUUUUUCAGAAUGGGGAAAAGGGUGGGCAGAUCCUGAGAUUCGUAAUCAGCGCUUACAGAGAAACAAGACUUGGAGAAAGCCGAGGAAACAAAACUCUCGUAAACGUAAGCCUAAUUUGAGCACUGUUCGAGGUAGGUUAUCUGCUAAACUCACAAAAUUGAAAUGAGCUUGACAAUUUGUUUUUGGAGUUAGUAGCUUAAAAGAGUACAGGAAAGCUUUUCAAAUUUCAAUGGAAGCAAUAAAUUUGCUACUCUAAAUUUAUGUAAACCAAUUAUCUUUCUGUUCUUCAAAAUUCUUGGAACUUAUAUUAGGGC